AUGGUCAACCCUUUUGAAAACGAUGCCAACGGCGAGACCGAAUACAGGACGUUAACGUGGCUCAAUGCUGGCUUCCUCCUUGUUGCUGAGACCAUCUCGUUGGGUAUCCUCUCCCUUCCUGCUGUCGUUGCCAGCAUGGGUUUCGUCCCCGGUGUCAUCCUGAUCAUCUUCUUUGGCGCUCUCACAACAUACACUGGAUACGUCACCUACCAAGUCAAGAUUCACGCGAUGGGCGUGCACAACUUUGCUGACGCCGGUUUAUUCUUCUUUGGAAGAUGGGCAAAGGAGGUUUCUGAGGCUGCUCAGAUCAUUCUCCUGGUCUUCAUCAUGUCCGCUCACGUCUUGACAUUCUCCAUCAUGAUGAACGUUCUGACCAAUCACGGCACCUGCACUAUCGUUUUCACCGUCGUUGGUAUGGUUGUGUCGAUGAUCCUCUGUAUCCCGCGAACCAUGAAGAAUGUUGCGCUCAUGUCAGUCGCUUCUUGCUUGUCAAUCGCGACCGCCAUCUUCAUCGCCAUGAUUGGCAUCGGAGUCGACCCUCCCGCUGGUGCUCACGCUUAUGCCGUCACCCCUUCGAGCCAGACUUCUUUCCGCACUGGUGUCGUGGCCGUUGCCAACAUCCUCGUCUCUUUCUGCUCCAACAUCGCCUACUUCGGUUUCAUCUCCGAGAUGAAGAAACCCAGAGACUUCCCCAAGGCUUUGGCCAUGCUACAGAUCAGCACCUGCUCUCUUUACCUCAUCGUUGCCGUUGUCAUUUACCGUUUCGCCGGCACUGAUGUCAAGUCCCCCGCCAUUGGCUCCGCCAGCCCCGUCGUCCGCAAAGUCGCCUACGGCAUCGCCAUCCCCACUAUUGUCGUCGCUGGAGUCAUUUACGCACACGUGGCCACCAAGAAUGUAUACGUCCGCAUUUGGCGCAAGACCAACGUCAUGAACGAGAAGAGUUUCCGCUCGCUUGGCAGCUGGUACGGACUCACCAUCAUCCUCUGGGUUGUCGCUUGGGUCAUUGCAAACGCCAUUCCCGUCUUCAGCCAACUUCUUGGUCUUCUUGGCGCUCUGUUCUGCACUUGGUUCUCGAUGAUUUUGCCCGCUGCUUGGUGGAUUAUGAUGAACAAGAAGCAGCUCACUGCCAACUGGAAGAAGAUCACUUUAACCAUCAUCAAUAUUGCCAUUGCACUCAUUGGUCUCGCCCUUUGCGGUUUGGGCGUUUGGGGUGCUGCCGUUGACAUCUCGGAGAACUCUGGCAGUGCUAGCGCUUUCUCUUGCGGCGACAACUCAUAG